GGUAAACUGAUCUUGCUAGUUAGUUAAGCCAUAGAGGGAUAGAGCACAGAAGAGUUCAAUUGACUAAGUAUUGAUAUGACGUUUGUAUCUAAUUUGAAUCGAGUGUUACCACAAAAAUUCUUAGGAUUUAUACCACUCUUUAUAGGAGUUGAAAUUAUACUAGGUAUAGGUAUUUUAAAUAAAGCUGGUGGAGUUUAUGGUAUAUUAUCUAUAUUUACCGGGCAUCCGAUUAACUUUUGGCAAUGGCUUUAUAAUAUGCUUUCAAUCUUAACCUUACCAUUUUAUAUUUCAGCAUUACUUAAUUUAAAAUCAAAACCAAGAAAUGCUAGAAAGAUAUCAUUAGCAUCAUUAAUCUAUACUGUUGAUACUUUAGUUGGAUUAUUUUUUACUAUUUACUUUAUUCUUUUUUGGUUUAGUGUUGAAGAUGUAACUCAAAGUCUGGGAGAUUAUGUUAAAAGAGCUCUCGAUGAUUUAACACCAGGUUCGGGUGGAAUUAUUAGUGAUAAGCUUGCUGGAUCAGUUUCAUCGACUAGUUCGUCAGAUUUAUCUUCUCAAUCAGCUUCCUUAGUAAGAGAAUUAUAUGUUAUAUUUAGUUCUACUAUUGUAAUUACUGUGGUAAGAAUUUACUUUAAUUUAGUUAUAAUUUCUUUUACUAAGGCAUUAUUAAAGCAAGAUCUUAAUGAUCGUAAGUAUCAUGAACGUCUCAAUGGAGAUGAUGAUGAUGAAGUUGAAAUAUUAAGUGCUACGGGUCUACUUGCAGGAGUUCAUAGAUUUGUUUAUAAUUUAGAAAGAGGAGCCAAAGACACCUUGAAUUCUUUCUUCAGCUAAACAAUAUUGCCCAUACUAAUCUCUAAAAGUCUAUACAGUAGAUAGACGGUCAGUAAUUUAUACACAUUCAUAAUAUAAUAUAAUAAAAUAUAACAUAUACUAUAUACUAUAUAAUAUAACAUAACAUAUAAUAUAUAACAAAUAGCAAUAAU